AUGACAACUGAUGGAGGUAAGCUAUUAGAACUAACUUCCGUGUCGAGUGUAAACAUAUAAGUCCAAUUUCAAAAGAAACGUUAAGAGAGAACGGAGUGGAUAGAACUAUGCGAUAUUGUCGUAAUGAUUUUCUUUCUGAGGUCCAUAUUAAGAUUAAUUCCUGUAACUAACGGGAAGUAAAAUUCAUGUAUUUGUGUCACAGCAUAGGCACGUCAUUUGAAUACUUGUGCCUCGGACAAUUUGCGUCCGUUCGUUAACUAAUUGUGGUUAUAAUGUACCGAUCAAUUGGAAGCUUCAACAUCCCCUCGGGCAACCUUCUCCCCCCAUCCCCCCCCCCUCCUCGGCAUUUGACCUUGCGAAGAUUGAUUUGUCAAAAAUUACGAGGCAAAGACUGUUCUCAAAUGCCCCAAUAAAUUUUUUUGUUAAAGGAAAAAAUAGCAACUGUGACUUUCUACACAUUGACUAAGCUUUGAAACCCUCGUAGAACUUUCUUUCUGGGCUAUUGGCUCGCGAAAGUAAACUAUUUAUCUUUAGACACCUCCAUAUUUAACAAUAUAACACUUGUGUUUCUAUAUAAAGACUUGUCGAAUGCCUGUAGGUUACCCGGGGGAGGGGGAUGUUGAAGCUUCGAAUUGAUCGGCGCAUAAUACGUUUGAGUGUAAGGUAACGAUGAGCAAAAGAAAAUAAGAUACAAUUAGCAUAGUUUCUUUCUUAGAAGGGUUGUGCAAUAGGCGACAAGAGCACCGUCAAACUCUCAAGAAUUUGCUUAAAAAUCAUUAUUACGGCAAAUUCAUUUAGUACGAAUGGGUGCCAUCAUUUAUGUGAUAUUUCGUAUUCUGCUCCUUCUCUCUGUUUAAAACAGAGAAGACACAUGUGUAACAUGACUUUGUGUGAACGCCAUCUGUUUUCCAGGUGAAAUUAUCACUCUGUCAAGCUGAUCCCAAAAAAUUGUUUUCAUUUCAAUUUCUUCCAAGUUCAUUGUUCUCUCUUUCUGUCAGAGAGAAAAACACCUGAUUAAAAACUGUUCCAAAACAAUUCUUGAUUUCACUUGCCAUUGUGAUAAUUGCUUCAAAAAAAAAAAAACUUUUUUUACCUGCAAGGUUUGCAGUGCUUUUUUUCUCUUGUUAAAAUUUGUCGAAUUUCAUGUGUAUGUUUUCUCAUCACGAAAAUCUGUUAUUUCUAUAACAUUUCCACUUACUAAAGAAUUCUGUAGGUUUAUUUGUUGAUGCAUCUUCGCUUUGGCCAUUGCAUGAUGGCACUUUUAAUUGGAACGAACACCGUCAUUUUAUUUGGAAAUAUUUACAUUUAGUGGAGAUUGAAAUUUUCAAUUCAAGUUGUAAUCACUAGGACCAGGUCCAAUAUUUGAAAGAACAGUGUAUACAUCUGAAAACAUUAAAUACAUUGGGUUGAAGGCAAAAUUUUUUAAUACUAAAGAAAAUUGUUUUGUAUGAAGCCAGGAGAGCGGGUGUGUAUAUUGUACAGAGUGAAAAGUAAUUUAUAAGUUCCCAAUUGCCCCAAAUAUAUAUAUCAGCAUGAAUAGAUUGUAUAUAUUAUAUGUGUAAUAUAGUGCGUUUCGACGAGCACGAGUAAUCGGUUUCUGUAGAAUGUAAAGUUGUCUAUGUAGUUGUUUCUGUCCAUUUGAGGAAAAUACGAUAAAAUUAAAAUUUUUGAACAACCAGGCAUGUCUCUAAAAACUUUGGUCCAACGUGUUUAUGACCAUACACUCGUUUUUUGUAAGAACGUCUAACUUUGGGGCUGAGGUAACUGUCCACCUACCCCUCCCCUAACCCAACAUUAACCCUAACUUGUUAUCUAUUGACUGUUGCUGAGUUAGGGGAGGGGUAGGAGGGCAGUUGCCCAGAUACUGAUAUUGAUCCAAAGUUCCUUACGUUAAAACGUACAUGAGAAAUCAACGGUAAAACGUAAACAAAUGAUUAUAGACCAAGCGAUAGUCUCAAAGAAUGUGCACCACGGCGAGCGAAAAGAAAGCAAACGAAAACAAUGUUGAAAUUAUUAAUGUCAACAGACAAAAAACUGUCUCUAAGAGAGUAGGAAAAUGCUGAAGUGUGGUCCUUACUCCAAAGACUGUUUGAUAGUAUUGCGAAAUGUUUCAUUCCAGGAGGCUGGCUACUUGUUGCAAACUUUGUUUCGAACUUUACUUCACCCUCACGAUUGACCGCUGAGUCAUCAUACCGCGGAGUCAGAAACUUUACCAACAACAAAAUGGGUAUCACAGUGAGCGCACUGAAAGAACUCAGGUCACACUUGUCUUUCACUCAGCUACGAUUCCACUGCAGUGAGAAACAAGGUCGUACGUUCCGCGUGACCACGGUCAGUAACAGCACCGGUGAAGCUGUGGUUGAGUACUUCAGCGGCCAGACGGAUGUGCAUCCUGAUUCAUGUGGGUCUUUUCAGAGAAUGGAAGAUGACAACUCCAAGUUGGCCAUGGAGUGUGAGAGUUUUUUCGCCAGGAGAUUUUUGGAAAAUCUAUGCGCGCUAACUAAUUAG